CCAUACAAACCCUUGUCGUUGAGGUGGUAAGCUGAUCUCACGUCGAUCCUUCGUCGCCAUUCCUACAAAAGCGAUCAAUUGCCAAGGUUAUCGCGCGGUGAAAUUUAAAUGUUCGCUGCUUGCUUUAUUCCUCCUGAAGAUGGCGACCUCUCAUAGCCCGACGAGCCAGACAGUGGCCAUCAUUGGUGCCGGUCCUACUGGUCUGUCCAUGCUUAAAACGCUCCGCGCAGAUGGAUUCGAUGCCACAAUCUUUGAGAGACGGAGUCGAGUCGGCGGAUUGUGGUCGUAUACAGAGGAUGAAACGAUGACGACAGCUUUGCCGAAUACCACAGCGAAUAUCAGCAAGUAUACCUGCGGCUUCACAGACUACCCUAUGCCAGAUCACUAUCCUCCAUUUCUAAGUCAAGGCCAAUUUCAAGAGUUUCUCGAGUCGUACAGCACACACUUUGGUCUUCAAGAUCACAUAGUAUUUCGAACAAGCGUGACAGAGGUUGAAAGGAAUGCAGAGAAUUCGAAGUGGUGUCUCAAAAUGACGACGGAAGAAAAAGCUGUUACCAGAGAGUUCGACAAAGUGGUUUGUUGCCACGGUUAUCAAACCCAAGCCAAGGCACCAAAAUUUCCAGGCCAAGAGGAAUUCCAAGGCCGAGUCAUGCAUGCGCAACAGUUCCGAAGACCCACAGACUUCGAGGGUCAGAACGUUAUCUUCGUGGGAAUGAGUUCCUCGGCGAGUGAUGUUGUCCCCUUGGUCGUCCAGAAUGCUGCCAAGGUCUACGUCUCCCAUCGUCGCGGUACUUGGAUUUUCGGGCGCUGGCGCAAUGGGCUUCCUACAGACCUCCUGGUCAAUUACACCCGUCGCCAGAUGGGAUAUGUCAUGCAAAGCUGGUUUCCAGACUUGUCUGCGAAGCUGAGUAAGAUGGCAACGACAUUUCUGAUGAAGAAGUACGGGGACCUUGAUCCAUCGUGGCGUCUACUUGACGAUGCGCCACCGCUUUCUCUCAAUUUGACAGCAUGUAUGGACACGAUGCUGGACCUUCUUCGGGAAGGGAAGAUCACCUCUAUGCACGGCGUCGAAUCUUUCCUUGGGGGUAAGAAAGUCAAGUUUAUGGAUGGCACUGUCCUUGACGAUAUUGAUACGGUUAUUUUUUGCACCGGGUAUCGUGCCGACUUCAGCAUUCUCCCGUUUGUCGAGCACAGCACCCCGGAGAAGGACGCUCAAGGCAAUGCUUUUGGCGGAGCUCCGAUUCCUCGUCUCUACAUGAACAUAUUUCCGCCACGGCAUGCAGAAAGCAUGGCAAUUCUAAUCGCGUCGACUUACGGCAAGAAUAACGGAUUCUCCUUCGCCGAUGUCAUCUCUAUGGCCAUCAGCAAUAUUUGGCGGGGAGUCAGCGCAGACAUGAUUCCCUCGGUGCCCGAAAUGGAGCGCGCCAUUGACGCGCACCACAAAUGGAUCGCAGGCCGUUGGGUCAAGGAGAACACAACUGACGUCUGCGCUGUCAAGCAAUGGGAAUUCCAAAAGUUCUUACACGAGGCUGCGGGCACAGGACUGGAGAAUCUGGGAUGGGGGUGGCAAGGGUGGUGGACGUGGGUGAGGGACCCGAAGAUGAGCUAUUUGAUGCGUCACGGCGUGGAAACUGCGUAUGCUUUUCGAUACUUUGAGACUGGGAAGAGAGCUGUGUGGCCCGGUGCACGGGAGGCGAUUAUUCACACGAAUGAGUUGGUCAAGAAGCUUAGAGCAGAGAAAUUGGCUGAGACUAGGACGGAAUAAGGAAUUUCAUCCACGUACGUAGGGUAAGAUGCGGGAUGGAAUAACUUUUUCUUCGACAACUAAUCAUUCUGACUAGGCCGUACAUGAUGAAGCAUGGUUAAGCUAGCUGAAUAAAUUUGAC